AUGGACGCCAAUAUCGAUCCGUCCAUAGGCGAACAAGAACUCUACGAGGUGUCGAGUGCCAGUAGACAGCCUGAACCCAAUCUGGUAGACCAUGAAGACACGUCCAUCACCAACGUUUUAAGGUUAAAUGAAUACGUGAAUGCGCCCCACGAAGACUCCGUAGCCAGCCACGAUGAAGCUUCCAAUACUUCUGGCAUACAUAUGAUGAGUUUUGAUUUGGAAAAUCAUCCCGAUGCUCAAUUACGAACCACUGCUUACGAAAACUACCACAGACAAGUGCCCCAAAAUGUGAUAUCUGAAGCCAUUGCUAAUUCUGAGACACCCUUGGCUUCGGAAAUACCAGCUGUGAAGCUAGUGGAGUACAAUCCUGCUGAAAAAACGAAAAGAUUAGGGCGUCCUCGCAAGAAUAUGGAGGCUCUUGUAGAGCCAUCGCCUGCUGAUUCUUCAGCUAAAAACCACUACGAGGCCAAAAUUUCAAAGUUUCGGUUGGACCAUAUCCCUGUGGAGGGCCCUGGCUCUCGUGGUGGCAAGCAAGGUGCAAGAAAUCUGCCUCGUGGUCGUAUUACUCUGGGCACAAUCAAGAAGAGAAAGCAGGCUUUACUCAAUUUUCCUUCUAUUCAAACUGACAAAGCAAAAUCAGAAACUGAGGCUGAUCGCAGUGGAUCUGAUACAAAAGACGAAGAUCUGUCUUCACCAGCGAACAAUCCUGAAGUGUCUUCAUCAGCCAUACCUCCUAAGGACGAUGCAACAAACCUUCAAUCUGAAACAAAGACCAAUCCCAUAACGAAAAAACGUAAACUUCAAACCCGCACUUUGACCUCUACUGGUCGAACAACUGUUCUCAACAAUCGUCAAAAAACUGCCAAACAGCUAGUGGGGCCGUUGGUAGGUCUCUAUUAUGACCUUUACGAUGAAAAUAUUAUGGACGCUAGCCAAAAUAGCAAAGCUACAGAGGAAAAGCUAGCAUUGGGAUUCCCUGUUACGCCUUCACCGUAUGCAUCUGACAUUCUUUAUCUUGUAUCAUAUCUUCAAAAAUUCAAGGAUGUAAUAUUUGUGGGCUACUUGGGCCCUCAGGAUUUCGAAAAAGGUUUGGGACUCGAUGGGGAUCAGCACGUUAGUGAGGAGAUGGAAUCUUUAUUUUGUAAACUAGCGGCACUCAUUCUCAACAGAAAGAGGGAAAUUCCACUCACUUCACAGAAGCAAGCUAUAAACGAUUUAAAGACUAUUUCUACAUCAUUGGGACUUCCAAACAAGUGGUCUGGUUCUUCAGCAAUUCUCAAGCCAGAAGUUAGUGAAGUCGAAUACGAAACUCUCGAUCCCAAGAACCCGGAAAUUCGACUUGAAGAAAUCAACGUUUAUCCUCAACCCUCCAUUGGAAGCAACCCUUUUUAUGACCAGCCAGAUUUCGAAAGCUUAGGAUUAAACGGCCUCAAAGAUCCAUUUGACAGACUCACAAUGUUGGUCACAAUGGCUGAGUGGAGUCUCAUAGCUUCUGAUUCGAUGAAAAAUUACAUCACGAGCGAGCUCAAAAACCAUGAUAUUGUAGUUGACAAAGAAACAAGCUAUGCUCUGCAUUAUGUUUUAAAAGGCUACGAACAUGCCGAGACGGCCAAACGACAAUUGGACAAGAAGAAUUCCAAGAAACAGAAGGAUGAUUCUCCAGCUUUUAUGGACCCCACCUCAGACCCGUUGUUGCAUCCUUUGCGUCUCAGACUCGAUGAGCUUUUGGUGGGCGAUUGUGGCUUCAACAUUGGCCGCUUUUAUUUGUGCUGGAUGGCAGAAGGAGACAAUGGAGGUCUCUCCAAUUUACGCCGGUUCAAGAGUGUACGAAACAACAUUAAUGAGUUGCCGAAUCGGCUCCCCUCUCGCUUCAAACUUUACGUUGAAGAUGUAUAUAAAAUGUUGGCUCAAUCUCUCGCUACGUACGGAGUUUCAUUUGAAAACGGAGAAGAAGUUGCUCAACCUGUCGAUGAAGGUCCAAUAUGGUUUGAGGUAGCAAACGAUGUGGUGCUGCUUAAAAAGUUCACGGAUCAUUUGGCUCUCAAAUUGGGUAUAAGGCCAGGCCUAGAAGACCCUAUCACUUCCAGUUCCAUGCUUUUUAAGCCAGUUAUGAACUUGCUUCUGCAAUUGUCGACUAUCACCAAGUUGCUCGAAAGGUUUGAAGGGUUGAGUAACAGUACUCGCUCCACCCGUAGAACUGUUGAUUAUAAUGAGCAACCCGCAGACGGUGAAGAAGAGCCUGAGUCUGAUGAAGGUGAAGUAUUCGUGCAACAAAUUCCAGACACAGACGACGAAGAUUAUGAAGAAUGA